AUGAAUGAAACUCAUGAAAUGUUAAUCAUUAACGGAAAGAAAUCAGCCGUUAACACUUCACAAGUACAAAUUCAAAAUAAAAUUCGUAAAUUAUCGGUCAUAUCAGGAAAAGAAAAAGCAAACGGCCCUGAAAAUGACCCACGUGGUUCAAGUGGUAGUUCUAUUGAUCCAAAGUUAUGCGAUACAAUUCAAUUUAGCAUAGCUACAACUGAUUUCCUGGUAAAUUUUGGCCAAAAAAUACUAAAUACAAUCAAAAAAGAAUUAGGUAUUAACAACGCACGUAUUAUAAAUGGUAAAUUAAAAUUAUUUGGAAAUAAUGUUGCAAUUACAAAAAUAAACUCCUAUCUUGAAAAAGCACUUUAUGUAAAAAAAGCGUCAAUUACUCAUGGCAUGAAACAACACCUGGAAUUAAAUUGUAACGGACGCCUCUGGAAAGAAUUUUCAAAAAGACAUCAUGUAGGAACUUCUUUCGAAAACGCAAGAUUACAUAAGAAAAAUAACGGUAACAACAGCCAGAUUAAAGAUUCUUCUUGUAGACGGCAAAGACAUCAUUCUGGCGGUGGCCCGCAUGGUUUUAAAUCGAAUAGUACCAGUCGUGAUGUAAAUUUUAGUCCGGAUCGUCGAAGCGGAGGUGAACGAAGAGGCAACUGUAACCGUGAUCAACGUGAAGGAAGAAGAUUUCAUGACGAUCAAUCAAUGCGAAAUAGUAUUCCAGGCUUAAGAAACUUGAACUUGAAUGACCAUCAUAAAAAUACAUGUAAAAGAGAUAUCGAUGAUCUCGGACAAGGUAACAGAAGAGAAAGAUACAAUGCCAAAAAUACAGAAUAUGAAGAUGAAACAAAUCAAGAAGAAGAAUAUAAUAAUGAUGGUAAUGAUAAUGAUUAUGAUGAUGAUGAUGAUGAUGAUGAUACAAAUAGUCAACUCUCAGAUUCUGAUAUAUCGUUGUCAUCAAAUUCUUCAAUUAAUAGUUUUAAUACGGAUGAUGUUCAUGAUCGUGCUCAACAACCUGUUGAAAUAACAUUGUGUAGUGAUUCUGAAGUUUCUUUAUCUAACGCCAUAGCAGAACUACAAAGUUAUUCUUUUAGCAUCAAAUCUUGGGUAUUAUCAGACGAAGAAUUAACAUUUAUUUUAAAACAACAACAACGAGGCAAACCUCCACGAAACAGCAUUUCAAUUAAAGACCGAUCUAUGCAGAUUAAGUUUUACCUUCGUCGUUUGAUACAGAAUCCUUUCCUGCAUAUCUUUCUAUAUUUCACAAGAGGUAUAUGGCAUGUGAACGUGAGUGGAUUUAAAUCAGAUGUUCAUUUCGCAGUAUUGAAAGUUAGAGACUAUUUAAAUGAUGUAGUUGAUAAUGAAGUACACAUUCCUAUAUCAGGAGCGAUGGCAUCUUUUCUUAGAAAAAAAGCAUCUUCUUAUAUUAACCGACUAAAAAAUCGUCUCAAUAUCCAGAUCAUCAUCUUUUCACCGUUUCGUCGUAAUGAUAAUACUAAUGAAGAUGAUAAUGAUAAUCAUUGUUUAAAAUUGAUAGCUCCUGUUUCACGUAUUCAUUUGGCACAAACAAAAAUUGAAACUUUUUUGGAAAAUUUAUUCGAACAACAACAAGAUUUUCCGUGUGACACGUGGGAUAUUUCAAAGAUUAUUUCCGAAAAUAUUAUUACAUUUCUGAAAAAAGUUUACAAUUCAGAUGAUUAUGAUGCAAUUGGAUUCGUUAAAUUCUAUAAUUCAUCCAUCGAAAGACGACAAACAACACCAAAGGUUACUAUUACAGUGGUUGCUUUAAAUGAAGAAAUGGCAGAUAACGUCAUUCAACAAUGUAAAAAUCUCGUUGAAGGGUAUUAUGUAUGGCAACUAUCUUUGGAUGAAUAUCGAACCCUGCACAACAUAUUGUUAGUGCAAAGACGACCGGGUAUUACUCAAUUGAAACAAGAAUGGAACACUAACGUCCAGCUUGAAGAUGAAACCAACACUAUUGUUAUUCCUGCACGAUCAAAAAUGAUUGCAGAUGAAAUCAAAGACACUCUGCGGAAUUUAGCUGCGGGAAAACCAAAUCGAAUCGCUAGUAUUUCAAUAACUAUUCCUAUUCACCUCAAUAUUCGUCGUUUUGUUUAUCAAGCUAUUCAACCUCUACUUGACGAAGUUAAAACAAAAAGAGUUUAUAUUGACUCAAAAGAUCGAAAUGGACUAACGCUUCACGGUCGUUCUGAAGCUAUUAAUUCAGUUCAAGACAAAAUCAACAAUAUUAUUAUAGAUAUUAAACAAAAACUUGUUACAAAUCGUUUUAAAUUACCGUUUGUCGAAUCGGAAUUACUUCGAGGUAAUUCAUAUGAUAUUCCUAGACGUAUCGAGCGUGAAACUAAUACUGUCAUUCGAGAUGUUAAAAUAGAUAUGAAAAGUUUAAAAUCAAAUUCAAAUGAUAAUGAUGGUACCAAUUUGACUCUUACAUGUGUUGCAAAUAGUCGUGGUCAAACAAUUCUUGUUAAGAAAGGUGAUAUUACUAAGAUCAACGAUAUUGAUGCCAUUGUAAAUGCCGCAAAUGGACCUCUGUAUCAUGCAGGAGGUGUAGACAAAGCGAUUUGUGAUGCUGCUGGUCGUGCACUUGAUCAAGAAUGUAAAGAACUAAUUGCUAAAAAUAGAAAUCUACCAAUACUUACUGGUACUGCAGUUAAAACAACAGCUGGUUACCUCCCUUAUAAAGCUGUUAUCCAUGCCAUUGGUCCUCAAUAUGCUGAUGGUAAUCAACAAGAACGUUCGUUAUUAUUUUCCAGUGUCUUGUCCAGUUUACGACUUGCUGAACAAGAAGGUUAUAAUAGUGUAGCAUUACCAGCCAUCAGUGCUGCUACAUACGGUUUUCCAUUACAAGAUUGUACAAAUAUUCUGAUUCGUGCAAUAAAACAAUUCUUUGCUGAUUUUCCACAAUCAAAUUUGAGAAAAGUAGUUUUAUUAGAUAUUGACGAUAUCGCAUGUAAUUCAUUUGCACGUGAAGUUAUACAUGAUCACACAAAUGCAAAUGCAAACAAUGAUGAUGAUAUUACGAAUUGUAAUUUACCACCGCUAACGGCUCGAUGGUGUUGGCUAGAUGAUGAUGGCGAAAAAAAUUAUGAUGACAAUCAUAUGCGCCAAAUCGAAGAUGCAUUACAACAACAUUUGCGAACUUCUAUUCCAUCGACAUUGAUACUUGAUUGCGAUAAUUUAAAAACUGGUAAAAUUGUACGCUAUCGUAUCCAUUUUCUUCGUAAUUUAAGACAAGUAUUAACAAUCAAUCCAUCUGCACUAGCUAAUCGUUUUGUAUGUGGAUACCAAAAGAGAGAAAGUACUAAGGUUAAACGAGAUAUUAUUCGCUAUCCGUUACCAAUACAACCAAAAACUACAUCUGUCGCAUAUAAACCCAAACCAUUGGAUACAUAUCAUUUAAAUGUCCAGUCUAGAGCAGACGAUUGGGAUAUUAUUGGUAUUACGAAUGUAGAAGUAACACAAGCAGCGAGUGCGAUUAAAAAAGCCAUUGAAUCUGCUACUAUUUCGGAACCUUUUUCGAUAAAUCUAAGUGAAGAUAUUGAUGCUCAUAAGACAGCAAUUAAUAAUAUUGCUAUUCAACAAUCCAUUAAGGUUGAUUUCAGACAAGAUUCUACUGGAAAUUUAUCAUUGAAAUUGAAUGGUUUACAACAAAAUGUAUUACAAGCAAAAUUACAAAUUUCUUUAUAUGUACAAGAUAUCUUGAGAAUGGAAGCUGAUAAAGAUAAUGAAUUAAAUAUACCCAACGAAUGGGGCGAACAAGAAGAACAAUGUAAAUUAGUUGAAUUACCUAAAAAUCAUCCUGAUUUUAUUCGUAUCGAAAAUCGAAUGAAAGAGACAAUCAGCAAUGUGAAAAUUGAUAAGAUCGAAAGAGUACAAAAUUUAAGAUUAUGGAAUCAUUAUGCAUUUCGUCGGCGAACUCUUCGACAAGAAUUAAGUGAUAAACCUGAUUUACAAAUUGAAAUGGAAUUAUUUCAUGGCACUCGCGCGACACUGCCUAGUGAAAUUUUUAAUGGUGAAUGUGGCUUUGAUUUGUCCUAUUGUACAAGUGGUUUAUGGGGUCUCGGCACAUAUUUUGCAAUGAGUGCUUCAUAUUCCUGUCAAAGUUAUUCUUAUGGACUGGCUGACGGUAAACGCCAAGUAUUUCUUGCUCAAGUAUUAACAGGAGAUGUUUUUGAUUAUAAAAACAAAAAUGAUCCAACAUUACGUCGAGCUCCGAAGAAAAAUGAAAGUAUAUCUGGUGGCAAACGUUACGACAGUGUAUUAGGAGAAACAGGAGGGAGCAAAGUCUACAUUGUAUUCGAAAAUCGUGUCGCUUAUCCAACGUUUUUAAUUACAUUUACUCAAUGA